CUCACAAAAUCAAUCACACAAGCUCACUAACAAAACACCGACAGUGUUUUGUAAGUGAGCAUGUGAUUGAUUUUGUGAGGGUUUUAUUGCUUUAGACUUUUGCUUUAGUGUUCAAUCUGUAUGAGUCUUUUACUAAAGAACAGCUAUGAUAAAAGGAGUUUUGCUUUGCCUGUGCUUGGCCCUGGCCCAUGUUUGGACAGCCCCCACACAGACAGACUCUAGGCCUGUGGUUGUUCUGAAGCAUGGCAGUGUCCGUGGGCAAAAUAUAAAAGUUAAAGGCUCCGAAAAGGCGGUGGAGGAAUACUUGGGUAUCCCUUUUGCCCAGCCACCCAUUGGCCCUCUCCGUCUAGCUGCACCCAAACCUAUAGAGGGAUGGGAGGGCAUAAGAAAUGCAACCCAACAGCCUCUCAUGUGCCUUCAAGACCCAGACAUUGUGGUUUUAGUAUCAAAAGCCAUGUCUUUGGAUUUAACACCCACUGGAGUUUCAGAGGAUUGUUUGUAUCUGAAUGUUUACACUCCUUCUGAAAGACCAAAUUCAAAGAAACUUCCAGUAAUGGUUUGGAUUCAUGGAGGGGGCCUAACCAUGGGUGGAGCUUGCAUGUUUGAUGGAUCCCCAUUGGCGGCCUAUGAGAACAUAGUUGUGGUUGUCAUUCAAUACCGACUUGGAAUGUUAGGAUACUUCAGCACAGGAGAUAAGCAUGCCCAGGGAAACUGGGGCUUCCUAGACCAGAUUGCAGCUUUACAAUGGGUGCAGCAAAACAUUGAGGGUUUUGGAGGAGACCCCAAAACUGUCACCAUAGCUGGGGAGUCUGCAGGUGGAAUCAGUGCCUCUUUGCUUACAUUGUCACCCAUGGCCAAGGGUUUGUUUCAUCGGGCCAUCUUUCAAAGUGGGGUUGCAACCGUGGCAAGUUUCUCCAUCAAAGAACCUCUGGUGAAUGCCAAGAUGGUGGCGAAUGUUACUGAGUGUGACUUAAGCACUACUGAAGUGCUGGUCAAAUGCAUGAAAGAACUGACUCAGGAACAAAUAAUUAAUGCAACUAAAAAGCAAAAGAUCUUCUUUGGAGCAACAGUUGGUGGGGAAUUUCUUAAAGAUUCAGCAGAGGAGGUACUGAAGAGCAAAGACUUUCUCAAAGUUCCAGUUCUUCUGGGUACAACAAACCAUGAAUUUGGAUGGAUACUCCCUCAGGUCUUUGCCUCAGCAGGAUGGGCAAAAGGGAUGAACAGACAAUCAGUGAUAGCAGUGAUGAACAUGUUAAAUAUAGCUGGAUCUCCGGAAGCCAAUGAAAUCAUAGCUGAAAAAUACUUAGAAGAUGCUAAAACUCCAGAGGACAUCCGUGACGCAUUUACUGAGAUGCUGGGAGAACUUUUUAUCGUGUUACCCAUGAUUAAAACUGCAGCUUACCAUAGAGAUGCUGGAGUGCCUGUGUUUAUGUAUGAGUUCCAGCACAGGCCCAGUAUAUUUAAAGAUCACAGACCCAGCUUUGUAAAGGCUGACCAUUCAGAUGAUGUUGGUUUUGUGUUUGGGGCCUGCUUUUGGAAUGGCCAUAUCAAAGUCAUAGGCAACCUCAGUGAGGAGGAAAACAAACUGUGCAAAACAAUCAUGGGAUACUGGGCUAACUUUAUUCGGAAUGGCUCACCAAAUGGACUCGACCUGGUGUAUUGGCCUGUGUAUGACCAGUCUAAUAAAUACAUGAACCUGGGAUUGCAGCAAACAGAGGGGCACGAUCUAAAGAUGGACAAACUGCACUUCAUCAGUGUAGAAGUACCUCAAAAGCUUGCCGCACUCCGCACAGCUUAAUGAGUCAUUACACCAAUAAGCAUGGUGUUUCUAUAAUAAAUUGAUCAAAUUAUGCUUGAAUGAUCCUUUUUUCCCCCCUCACUCCAAUUAUAUUGCAUAAAUGCAUACAUGACUGUUAGUGAUAAUGUGUGUUGGAAAGAUGUGGAGAUAUGUUGUAUAUUAUAUUAUAUUAUAUAAAAGCCUAAAAUAAUUAAAGUCAAUUUACAAUUUUGCAUUA